AUGGAAGCACGUGGUGGAGAAAAAGAGAUUCUCGUCACUCCAACACAAUUCCGCACGCCGAUUCAUCAUGGGUUGGAUGCAGAGAGUCGAAUCCGAAUGGCGGAAGAAGUGGCGCUGCCACGAAAUUUGAUUAUAUCCCCCGCAUUGCGCGCCAUUCUCGGCAAUAACACCGAAAGUUUUUUCCAUCAAAAACAACAGUCUACACAGGUUUGUUGUUCCUUUCACAUUCUAGCGAGCCAUGCUGUAAAUUGAUUUUCAGAUGCUCGAAGAUUUCCAAAAUCGCCAGCACAUUUCGUACAAAACGAUGCGAGAAGCAGUGAUCAAGCUAAAAGAAGAUAGCGGGCAACAAUUGCCAAAUCGAAUUCCGAUGCUUGACGUUAACCCCACUAGGAUAACCCUCAGUCUUGAAAUCGAAUUCCAGUAUCAUGAACUAAUGCAUAAGCGGAUCGAUAACGUCGAAAAUGUCACAUCGAUCAUGCACUCAACUAACACCCUCAUCCAAUUGCCUGACAAAUUGAAUGUAAAUGGUGCCAGUCCAUAUGCACAACAAGUUACUAUUACUGGAUUUUUUAAUGAUGUAGAGAAAGCGCGAAUUGCUUUGCGAGUAAGUUACCCGACUGCCCGAAUAAAACAAAUUCGAUAAUUUUCAGGAAAACUGCCCACUCUCCGUCUACCUCGAAAUGGAUUCCUCAAAAAACAAUAUAGAUCAUGUGUUGGCAUACAUCGAUUCCAACCGUAAUACAUAUGACAAUGUGAUCGUCGAGCUCGACAAUUUGCCAAACAGCGGACCUGGUCUCAAGUUAACUUGUCGACAAAAACAUAUUGAAUGUCUGUACAAAGCAUGUGAAAAUAUUUCGUCUAUGUUGAACAAUACGAUUGAUGAACAAACUGAAUAUUCGAUGCGUUUCAAUAUUUCAAUUUACCAUUUGGAUCAUGUUGUUGGGAAACCAAGACAGAAAUACAUGUUGAUGCCAUUGGUUGAACAAAGAACUGGAACGAAAAUCACACAUCCAUCUUUUGAUGCGAUCAACACAUCACAUGAUCAUAUAUUUCCAUUGUUAAUUCGAGGACGACUCAAUAAUGUAUUGGAGGCAAGGAAAUGCAUCACGGUAAGUUGUUCAGUUUUUUUGAAUCACACAAUGAAAAUGAAUAAUUCCAGGAACUCCUACCUGUCUCCAUGUGUCUCAAUAUCAACGAUUCUGAUAUGGCUCAACCAAUCGAUAUUCACAAUCGUGUUGUCGAUGUUUAUCAUUCCGAUAUGAAAGCGUCAAUGCGUGUAACACCUUCUCGUUAUGAUCCGGUUCCAUUAUUAGCUGAUGAAGAACUUCAACAUUGCAUCACUUUGAGGACGAAAGAAUUCAAUAUGCGCAAUUUGUAUACAUUUUAUACAAGACUACUUUCAGUGAGUUAACAUUGUUAUCCAGAAAGUUUUGCAAAAAUUGAAAAAUUUAGUCAUCGAUCAAACUCGACUUGCCUGAAAUUCGUGAUCUUCAAAGUUCUGUGUGGCUCAAAGAAAUCCUCCUCGACGACUCCGUCAUGACAUUCAAAUUGCCGUGUCGUGGCGAAGCUGCUUUGCCCGAUAAAUAUUCGAAUUCUGAAAGACAUCGAACAACAUCUGGCCCAUUGAAAAAACGUGACAAACAUACGUCGCAUACCCCCGUUUGAAAUCCGCCAGUGCAUACCCCUAUUUUUGAAAAUUUUCGACGAAAGGGAUAACCCCCCCCUUUUCAUUUUUUUCAUUUCCAGCUAUAGAAAUCUGAAAAUUACAAUUUUAUUGAGCUUAAGCUCAGAAUUUGCAUCAAUGAGGCAAAUAGUGAAUUUUGAACUUGAGUUAGGGGUAGCAGGUUUUCAUUAGACCCUUAUCAACUAUGCUCCACAAUAAAAUCCAAAAAAAAUUAACCUGGUUUCAAAUUAGGACCACUAUGUUCAUUUUUCCCUCUUUGUUAUCAACUAACACAGGGGUAAAAAGUCAGUAGGGCUUGAGUUAGGGGUAGCAGGUCUUCAAUAGACCCUUAUCAACUAUACUUAACCAUGAAAUCCAAAGAAAUGAUGUGAAAGAACGGCAUAGUGGUCCCAUCUUGAUACCUGGCUCAUUUCUUUGGAUUUUAUUGUAAAGCAUAGAUGAUAAGGGUCUAUUGAAGACCUGCUACCCCUAAUUUAAUUAGAUAUUUGUGUGGAAACUUUUUUGAGGCUUAAAUUGGUAUUCCUAUGGCAGAAUAUGUAGAGAAAAUUAUCAUCAAAACUGAGAAAAUUUCAUAAAAUUUUUAUCUCAAGUGACAACCCCCUCCAAAAUUUGGUGUGAGGGACAACCCCUCCACGGGUCGAUUACCCCUGGCAUGCGACGUAUGGUGACAAAGUUGGAGAGGAAAGUCGUGCAACCUGGAAUGGUGGCGAAUCCAAGAUAUUUGCAACAACGAAAUCAACAAGUUCCACCUCAUCACCAAAAACAACAGCAACAGCAGAAAAAUCAAAGUUUGAGUGAGUUGAUUCACAAAGAAAGUUAAGAUUUGUAUUAUUUUCAGUGACCAUGCAAAUUCGUCAACAACAACAGCAACAGCAACCUCUGUAUGUUUAUCCAUAUAUAAUGGUUCCACAAUCAGAGAUGUUCCCAUAUCGUAAGUUUUCUGUCAAUAAAAAUGUGUUCCAUUAUAAUUUUUACAGUUCCAUUCGUUCCGGACAUGACACCCUACCAAUUUCAUCCUGGUUUGAUGGCUGCAGCUGCGCAACAAGCCGCUGCUGCAACUCCAACUGAACAACCGCAAGAACGCCGUGGUUCGACGUCGUCUUCGCAAGGUCAACGUACCCAUCAAAAUCCACCGCAAAAUCAUCGUCCAACAUAUCAUGAUGGGCGAAGAGAUCGGGAAAGAGAAAAAGAUGAACCAAUCGUUGGAAGCUAUGAAGAUUCCGAACGGUCUUAUUACAAUCGUCAACAACGCCCGAAUCAUCGAGAAAAUUGGCGAAAGAAUGAUUCCGGGGAAUCUACAUAUUAUCCAAAGAAAGGUCAACAAAUGUCGACGAACAAUAGUGGAAAAGGUGGUUAUCGAGGAAAUCAACAACAACACAAUCAGAAUUAUUUCCGCGAUCGGGAGAAUGGACAAGAUGGUGGAAAUCAACAACAAUCGCACACAAAUGGUGGAGAUCAACAACAAUUCACAUCAACACAUACGUUGAAAUUGAAACAGGUUGGUUCUAGCAGAAUAUUUGUGAAAACAUAUCAAAUGUUUACCCGAAAAUUUUGUUUCUUCGACCCCAAAAAUAAUACAAAUAUUUUUUAUUUUCAGGGUCGAAGAGAGAAAAGCAUUUUCUAUGAUCUGGUCUUACCAAUGUGAUAAAUAAAAUUCAUGUAAUAAUACUUUUUUUUUACAAAUUUCUAAUAAAAUUUUAAAUUAUAUAUCGUAUUUUUUUUUUGAAAUUUCAAAGUCGCACAAUUUAAGGUCAUCCCAGAUGAACAAGAUCGUUUUUUCACACAAGAUGUUUCUCAUGUUGUUGAAGAAAAGCAACACACUCAACAAUUGCAAUACUCGCCAAGAAAACAAUACAGAAGAGGUGAUUUUUUUCUAGAAAACAUUGAAAAUGUUUUGAAUUCAGAAAGUGCUACUUUAUCGCCAAGUUUGAACACAUCUUUUGAUUAUGGAGGUGCCAGAUCGAGAACUAUGAGCAUGUCUUAUGAAAGAGAUGAAAAUCGAUAUGAUUAUGAGAAAAUGUAUCAUGGAGAUGAACAUGGUUAUCGAAAAUCACCAAGUUCACCAUAUCAAUCGGUCACCAAAACAAUGCUUGAACCUCGAACUCGUCACGACAGACCGUGUCAAAUCAUCAAUUUGGAGCGAAAAGACAAAGUUCCGGGAGUUUAUCUUCAGCUGUCUGGCGGCAUUUUAUUGCAUGAAAAUGAGGGAAUCGCCAUCUCGACAGACAGUGAAAAUGGGGGUUCGAAUUCGAAAGUGAUGGAAUUUAUGAAAAUUGUCACACAACAACAACAACAGCAACAACAGCAGCAGCAAAAUAUUGUAUUUGAUAUGCAAAACAGUAAGAAUCGCACAUAUGCGGAAAUAUUGAAAGAGCGCGAAUGGGGAAGACAACAGCAGAACCAACAGCAACAAAAAGAGCGAUUGGUUAUGAUGAAAAUGAGCGAUAUUGAAGGAGGAACUGAAGGAGAAGAUGGCGAUGAAACAAUUGAUGAAAAACGAUUGGAUAAUGCAAAAAAUGACAAACAACGCUUGUUCAAUUCAGGUAACAUUUAAAAAGUUUUUUGGAACUUUUAUUUUUUGAAAAAUGAGAUUUACCAUUUUUUUCUAAAAUUAAAUGACCCGACAACGAAGAUUAUGAGAACUUUCAAAAAUGUUAAAAAAAAAGAUUUGUGGCCGAACCAUACAUUUUUUUUCUCCCUGGUUCGACCCAAAAGUUAGUGAGACCUCAAAUAUAAAAUUUUCAAAGUUAUCUAGAAAAAAACACUUACAACUUACAACACUUAUGUUAGAAUUUCCGCCCAAAUCAAAAUUUUGAUUCGGGCGGAAAAAAACUUUUGUAAAAAAAAUGUUAGCCGGACCUCAAAAUUUUUCUCGGUGUUAUGCAUCGUCCAAAGUGAAAAAAAAAUGCGAAAAAUCAAAAAAAAAAACGUCCAAACAGACGCAUUUUUUUUUCGCAGAAAUCGCAUUUUUUCGAGCAUUUUUCGCGUUUUCUGGUGUUUUUCGAGUCAAAAUGGACAGAAAUCGAAAGGAUUUGUCUGAAAUCGUGUUUUUAUUGAUGAUGGAAGAAAAAUCAAUGGUGAAACAAGAAAAAAAAAGAUUUUGAAAAUUUCAAAUUUUUUCAACUUUUUCGACAUUUUUUCGACAAACUCAUUUUUCAUGUUUCACCACUGAUUUUCUCUCUAUUAUCAAUAAAAACACAAUUGCAGACAAAUCCUCUCAAUUUCUGUCCAUUUUGACUCGAAAAACACCAGAAAACGCGAAAAAAAUGCUCGAAAAAAUGCGAUUUCUGCGAAAAAAAAUGCGUCUGUUUGGACGUUUUUUUUUUGAUUUUUCGCAUUUUUUUUUUCACUUUGGACGAUGCAUUAGUCAACCCGUAACUAUGGAUAAAUUCAGGGGUAAAACAUGUACGGCCGAACUAUUUGGGUGGCCGAGAAAUGUCGGGAAUUCGGCCAAAGCAACGAACCCGCUUUAAUGUUGCAAAAAUCAUUAUUGUGGGAGCGCAUUUGUUGCUUUGGCCGGCCAUUUAAGUUCCUGAAGUCUUUCUAUUUUUGGUCCCGAGAGUCCUUAUUUCAACACAAAACUGUAUCAAAUGUAUUCCAAUUUCCAGACGACAUCGAUCAACCUGAAUUGAGACUGUCAAGUUCGGCUCCAACUUUGUUGGUAAAUAUGACUUCGAGAAAUUGAGAAAAGGUAACAUUUUCGUUCCCUAAAAAAUUCUCACCACAUAAAAUUUUUUAUUCCAGAAUCGAUUUGUUCAUGUUCAUUUUUCGAGUCGCCUCGCGGAAUGCGAAAUCAUUCCAUAA